AUUAACAGAAUACUAAUAAAAAUUGUUUGUAAACUUGGCCUUCAAUUUCCCACCCACUCGCGAGCUAACCGCAUUGAAAAUCCCCCCCGCCCCAAAAUCUCCAAUCCCCAACUCGCCCUCCCCUUGCCUUGGAAAAUCUUCUACUACUCCCCCCGCGGGUUCCUGAGCCCCGCGCGCGCGCGAUCAGGAACCCUCGGGGUACUCGGAUUCCGCCCGCACGGGGGUCGACGAAUUCCGCAACCCGUUGUUUCUUUUUUUUUUCUUUUCCUCGAUUGGUUUUUCUGCGCGAUUCCGAUUCCGGCGGAAUUUUUUUUCUUUUUGGUCUCCCUGUUCCAUCUGAACUGCGCAGCUGUUCGUAGAGAAAUUGUUUUUGGGGGCUUUUCCACCCAAUCCUGCAGCGAUUCCCCGCAGAAACCUCUCACCAUCUAUCAAAAAUCCCCUCUUGUUUUUUUCUUCUCUCAUCGGGGGGAAAAAAAAAGAAGAUCCCCUUUUUGGGUGGGCGAUCUUGAGCCCGCAUGGGGCUGCAGCAAUCCAAGGAGGAGCUGGUGUAUCAGCAGGUCAACUACGGCAACGCCGAUGGGAUUCGGGCGCUCCGGGCGCAGGGCGCAGGUCUUGAGUGGAUCGACAAGGAAGGGAAGACGCCCCUGAUGGUCGCGAGCAUGCGGCCUGAUCUGAUCAAUGUGGUUCAGGUGCUGAUUGAAUUGGGUGCAAAUGUGAACGCCUACCGUCCUGGGUCAUAUUGUGGGACUGCAUUGCACCAUGCUGCCAAGAAAGGUCUUGAGCAGACUGUCCAUUUGCUUCUAUCUCAUGGAGCUAAUCCGUUUAUAACAAAUGAUGAUUGCCACACGGCACUUGAUUUGGCUAGAGAAAAGGGUCAUGUGAAUGUCGUACGAGCCAUAGAGGGACGUAUUUCUCUUUUUUGUGGAUGGAUGAGGGAGAACUAUGGUCCUGGAUUUUUGGAAGCAUUUGCUCCACAAUUCCUGACUAGGAAAAUUUGGGCGGUGAUUUUACCCCGUGAAGCACGAAAUCAAACUCGGCCACUCAAGCUUGAGCUGACGAUAUACCCUGAAUUGCAGGCUUCUAAACCACAAGCUGUAAUUAAACUUUGGAAAUGUCAACUUGAGGAACCAAAGUUUAAUCAGGCCAAUCCUUCUGUGACAAUUUUCGACAAGGGAACAAGAACUCGAUACAAGCUUCUACCGGUGUGUGAAGGUGACAAACAGCAGCUUCAAUGGUUUUAUAGUGCAUGUUGUGGCAUUCCACAGGUUGCCAGCAUGGUUCCUGCUCAACCAGCGAAUGCCCCACUGCCAAAUCCAUCAUCAGCAUCAUCAUUACCUUCAGUGAUAUCCACACCCAGCAAGGAGGAUGCUGAGUUAGCAAUGGCCAUCAAUGCCUCCAUCCUGUCAGCUAUAGCCGAGGGAGUGCCCGAUGUUCAGCCAAUAACAACGACUACUGCGACCAAUGAUUGGGGAAACCCUCCAAGCAACUCCCUCAAUGGAUGGGGCCCACCAGAUACUUCUGCGCCUUCAAAGACAAGUGGCCAAGUACCAGUUGUUACAUCAAGCAGUAGCACAUACAAUGGGUGGGACGUGCCUGGAACAAGCUCUGGCCAAAGUUCGUCCAAACACAACAAAAGCCAGAACAGCACUUUCGUGGUUCCGCAGGAGGCGCUUCCAUCUCUUCCAGUCCCAACUGCGCCUCCACUUGCCGUGGGAACCUUCUACGAUGGUCCUAUUCAGUAUCCGUCAAUAGAUUCCACGCCAGUCGACGUAACCAUGCCUUCUGCUGACGGUGGUACAGCGGUAAGCUCUGCAAAACCUGCAGAGAACGAAGGUGAUGCAAAACCUGCAGAAAGUGAUGCUAAUGCAAGCAACAGCGGUAACACUCCACCGGGAACCUGUGUUAUUUGUUUGGAUGCUCCUGUGGAAGGUGCCUGCAUUCCGUGUGGUCACAUGGCUGGUUGCAUGUCCUGCUUGAAGGAUAUAGAAUCAAAGAAAUGGGGAUGCCCCAUUUGUCGAGCCAAGAUUAACCAGAUUAUCCGCCUCUAUGCAGUUUGAGCAAUUCCAACAAUCAAAUAGUAGACAUGGGAAUGAACAAUGGGUGUUUGUUCUUCGUUACAAGUUCUGAUGGAAAAAGAAAAGCUCCAUCUGUAAAGUAUGUCAUGCUGUCAGCUGUGAUUUUGAUGUUCCAAUUGUACUGAAAAAAUUAUACAUUCUGUGUUAUGUGCAUUACGUGAAGCUAUGAACGGUAGUACGAUACAUUACUAUAGGGAACUUGUGUACAUAUAUAUCUAUGAGAACUAUACAGUAUACAUAAGAUUAAUUGUUGGCUAAA